AAGGCAUGAUGGCUCUGGCCGCUGUGCGACCAAGCCGGCGUUUCUGUGUACCUCUCCGACCAAAUCCAUAAGGUACCGCUGUACCACUCGCAACCCAGCGCCAUGGCUCCCGCCAGCAGCAUCCUGCAGGUCAGCAUCUCUACGGCAUUCCUGCCGUGGGCUGGCGCCCUGAAGUUCAGCUCGGGCCCAGCCGCCUGCAGCGGCGUGUCGCUGGCCUUCGACGACUUCGUGCAGACGUACGAGCGCCAGUACUCGCCUGGCUCCGAGGAGUACUCGCGGCGCCAGGCUCUCUUCGAGGGCAGGGUCGCCCACAUUGCCAGGCACAACUGCGCCGAGCAGCUGUGGAAGGCGCAGGUCAACCAUUUCUCCGACUGGACCGAGGAGGAGCUGCAGGGCCUCCGGGGCUACAAGCGGGGAGUGGGCACCGGCACCAGCGCGCCGACGGGCGCCGCCGCCGUGAGCCUCGACGCGGAGGAUGACACGGACAUGCCCACGGCGUUCAGCUGGGGUCACUUGGAUGCCAUCAGUACGCCCACGGACCAGGGCCAGUGCGGUAGCUGCUGGGCCUACGCCGCGGGCGCGGCGCUGAAUGCGCACGCCGAGAUCAAUAACAACAGCCACAGGUAUUCCUUCGCCCAGAUCGUGGCUUGCACCCCCAACCCGCAGCAUUGCGGCGGCUCCGGGGGCUGCGACGGGGCCACGGUCACGCUGGCCUACGAGUACGCGAUGGCGGCCGGCCUCAGGCUGGACGUGGAUUUCCCGUCGAAGCCAGGGGGUUCGCAGGCCGAGUGCCCAGUCGACCUGAAGGCGCCCUCCAGCCUGCUGUCCACCGGCUUCGCCUCGAAGGCAGUGCUCCUGCCCGACGGGUCCGAGAUGCACACGCUGCCCGACGAGCUGCGCGCGGGCGGGGCAAUGGGCAUGCAAGGCUGGAUUCAGCUGCCCAAGAACAAGGAGAAGCCGUUGGUGCGUGCGCUGGUGGAGUAUGGGCCGAUCGCGCUUGCGGUGGCCGCGGGCCACGAGUGGAACUGGUACUACCACGGCAUCCUCACGCCGGAGGGCUGCGACCAGGGCAACGUCAUCAGCCACGCGGUCGUGCUUUACGGAUACGGCAGGGCCAUUAACGAGAAGUACGGGGAGGUAAAGUAUUGGCGUAUCAAGAACUCGUGGGGCAGGAGCUGGGGCGAGGACGGUACUAUCCGCGUGCAGCGCGUGGACCAGGAGGAUUCCCGGUGCGGCUGGGACGAGCAGCCCGACGUGGGCUCCGGCUGCAUCGGGGGCCCGAAGAGGGUGUGGGUCUGCGGCUCCUGCGGCAUCCUCUACGAGAGCGUGAUGCCGCGGUUCAGCUGAUUUGGUGCUAGUGCAUGCCAGCGCCGGGCGGCCGUUCCGCCAGCGGCAGCUCUCCGUGGGCGCCCCUCUUCCGAGCCGGCGGCCUCGUUUUUUCCCCUGACGCCGUCCUGCCUGUGGAAGCCCGCGUGCCCUCGCUCCGCCGCUGCUGCCUUGCGCGUCUGCCGGGCACGGGGUCCUCGCGCUGCCGAUGCCGUGCAUGUGCGAUCCAGCGCCAGGGCCCGUAUUCGGGGGGGUCGGCGGACCAACGGGGCGCUAUCCAUUCCCUUUUGUUCCCUUCAUCACAGUGCCCCGUCGUGCGAUGGCCCCGUUUACGGUGGCCCUGGCACAGCCUGCCCUGGGGCGCAGGACGCAGAGCUGCCUUCGCCAAGCCGCGAAGACGCGAGGCUAGCUUGUUGGGCGAAGGUCGUCGAGCCCGUCGUUCCAUCGCGACCAGUGAUUUCAACUUCUGCACUCCUUCCAUUAUCAUUACCUUCCUCCCCCCU